UUAAACAUUUGCAUCACUAGAAACCGGCCCACUUGCAUAAUUGUCCAUCACGAAAGCCCAUAAAAAGAGCCCAUUUGCAACGACAACAUUCUCACCCAAACUUGAAACUUCAAACUUGAAACUUGAAACUACAAACCCUCAUCAUCUCGGAGCUAUGAGUUUGUCUUUGUUACAGGGCUAUUCAUCUCCAGAAGAAGAAGAAGAACAAGAUAAGCAACCAUACCUCACCUCCGACGAAGACGAAGACGAAGACCUACACAGCCCCAACAAACACGUUUCCGGUGACCCUACAACCGGCAACGAUUUCAAUAAGCCCUUGUUCGAUCCACCCAAUCCCUCGUCAUCUUCUUCGCUUCCUUCUGCACUCGAUGCAUUUUCUGAAAUUUCAAGACCACCACAGUUUCUAAACAACUCUGUUGGAGAAUCGGCAUCAGCAGACAAAGAUAACGAUAGUCAACUAUGGCGCCAUGGUCAUCGGAGAAACCGUAGAGAUAAAAAUGGCAUGCCUGCAGGGGCUGUAUUGCAGGCUAAAGCUCAGUUAGUUGGAAUUCGUGAUAGGGUAAGCAGUGAUGCCUCUAAUGCAACUUCAACCGAGUCCGUAGGAUCUGCAAAACGUGUCAUGACUGCAACUAAUCCGAAUGCAGAGGAUGCUGCAGAUCUUUUGAGGAUGUGUGUGCAAUGUGGGAUACCGAAAACAUUUUCUAAUGCAAGAGGGAUGGUGUGCCCCGUGUGUGGAGACCGCCCAAUCAAAGAGACGGAGGAAUCAAAGAAGAAAGGAUCUAUGAUUAAAGACAAGGAAAAGAAUAAACGAAUGAAAGGCCAGUCAUCACACGCGACAUGGAAGAGUGAAACAGAAAUGCAGCUUCGACAACAGUUUGAUUAGCAGAAGUUAGUUCUCGAGCCUGUCGGUUUGUGAUGUAUGAUCUAUUUUAUAUUGAAGUGAGAUCUUUUUGAGUUUAGAAUUUUUAUUAUAAAGAGUUUGUUGCAUGUAUUAUCUUGUAACCUGAUUGUCCCAUUAGCCUUGUAAGCUAUGACAUGAUUUUACUCUAUUCCAACACUUUUCAGCAAAAUAAUUAAAACUUGAAUGCUUCAUAAA